ACGAAAGAAAUACGUGGUCCCUUCGUGACAGCAUAGUUUGGAAAGGACGUGGCUUUCUCAAAUGAACAGUUUAUUCAAGUAAUCUGGACAAUUAAGACUUGAUUUUAUAAUUUAUAAGAGUACAAAGUGCCGGAAGCACGAAACAGGAUCUUACAUUAAGCCUUUUCACCUUUCCUGGUGACGAGCCACGGGACUCUCAGACAACAUUAAUGUCUAGACCGUGGAGCGCUUGGCAAGAAGUAGGGUACCGGAUGGGAACGAGGGUUCAUUAGAACUCCCGGCUCCAAUGUGCCAGGAGUUGCCAGAAGGCGGCCAGGCACCACAGGGCUCUUCAGGCACUUGUGAUCUCGAUUGAUCUGUCCUUCUGAAAAGGUUGUUGCUGGGCUGUUGUGUGUUAUCAUUUUAUUUCUGCAAGCUAGAUAAAAAACUCCAAAACCCUUUGCAACCAAACCUCUCUCUCUCUCUCUCUUAUGUCUAGUAGCAGCAGUGAAGGCGAAGACCAGGAAGACCGCAAACCAAGCAAGAAAAGGGCAUCUGCUUCAGACCAAGCUUACGCUGAGUACUUGGCCUCCACAGCAGCACAACCAACCAUGGGCGCCCCACCCCCCGUUGCUGGCGUUGCACAUGCUCCCAAAGCUGCUUCUUUGCCUGGUGCUGAGAAUGCCAGCAGCAAUGAUGAUGAUGGCAGCACUGACCAAAAGCCAAAGGCCAAAAAACGAAAGACUUCAGCAGCAGCAGCCAGUAAAAAAGCAGGUAAGAAAAGACCGGCUCCCGCCGCAGCAGCAGCUGGUAGCUAUGCCAGCAAGACGGCUUCCCGAGGUCGUGGAAGUUUCUAUGUAGGUCGUCGUAAGGGCUUCAUUGAUGACUCGGAGAUCCCUGAGAAUGAGACUCCAACCGAGAAAAAACGCCGACUGAAUCGAAACAACGAACGUAGAAAAAGAGCCAGACGCGUCUUUAAGAUUGAUUUCCUCACCGAGAAGAAGGACGUUCUUUCGGAGAAAAACGAGAAGAUCAAGAAGGACAAUCAGGCACUGCGGGAUCACAUUGCCCGUAUCCGAGAAAACCUCCAAGCGGGUAACCUGAGCAAUUUGAGGAAUCUGACGGAAGGACCGGCACCAUUUCUGCCCGCCGCCGAGGUGGCGGCUUUGGCCGCCAACUCGCCGUAUCCCAGCACGGCUGUUAUGGGCUCUCCUCCGAAUGAUGAUGAGCCAAGCGCCGCAGGUUCAGAGCCUAGUCCAUCCCCAGUCCGGCAUUUGGUCCAUCCGAUUGCUGCUGUUGCUGCUGCUACCACAAGACCUGAUGCAGCCUCUUUGGGUGCUGUUCUUCCACAAGCACGACAUCCGCCUCAGGCGGCAGUCAGACAAGGUUCUCCACUGUCCGAACAACAAGUCGCGGUUUCCCAUCACCAUCAAAGUCCCCCUCAAGACCAGCAGCUGCUUCCAAUGCCUCGACAGGCAUUCGCGGGCUUGUCGUCGUCGUCGUCGUCUGCAGCGACCGGCAAUGCCCUCCAGAACAGCGAGCUAAUGGACUCCCUCCGACGACAGGCGCUGUUGUUGCGUGGAGGCAUUGGUAAUGCUUCCAUUCUUGGUGGCACCGGUUACUCCAACCCACUGUCUGCUCUCGGGCUUGGUGGUGGAGGAGGACAGCUUUCCGAGAACCGUCGUACUGCCUUGCUGGCGACCUUACGACAAGAUGCCGCUCUUCAGAGAAUGGGUGGUGGAUUGGCGGGUACAAAUGCGGAGAUUGCUCGAUUGCGACUAGAACUGCUGCAGGCGCAGCAAGCUACGUCAAUUCCCACUCUCUCGUCGUUGGCCAAUAAUAAUAAUACCAGCAGAUUAGCAGCUGCUGGAUUGGGAGGAGGAUUGGGCGGUGGUAGUGGUGGUGGCGGUCAACUGUCAAGAGAGUCUUCGGAUCCAUCCUCUCCCGCGGCGUUGCGUCAACGCCUGUUGGAUCUAGCCUCCAGGAAUCCGGCCGGGCCUCUUCAGGCGGACGACCUCCUAGCCCAACUGAGAAGCCAGCAACAGCCAAAUACAGCGCUGCAGCUUUCGGACUUGCUGUUGUCUGCUUCUGCAGGCCAAGCAUCACUGGCGAACAGCCAGGCCUCUUUGGCAGGCCAGGCCUCUUUGACAGGCCAGAACCCGAUAAUAGGACUAGGUCAGCUGCAGCAGCAGCAACAGCAUCAGCAGCAACAACAGGCCAACCCAUUUCUGUUGGCUGCGUUGCAACGACAGAGUCUGCAACAGCUGUCUACUGCUCCAACUGCUUCUCAAGGGCCUCGGUCCUUACCUGCCACCAAUGUGGGUGCGCUGCCAUCUCAGAACUUGCCGCCAAAUCGCUUGCAGACAGAGUUAAACAACCCCUUGGCAAACCCGUCCGCUACACUCCAGGCAGCUUCCAACCUUGCUGGUUUUGGGCGGCCAUCGUCCUUGGCUGGCGGAGCAAGUUGGAGAGGCCGCAGUGCCCCGACUGCGCAGCCAUCAACCGGGAGAGUGAGAGAGGAAGCGUCUUUGAUGGCCCUCCUGGCUGCCACGGAGCAGCGAAGGGGAGAUAUCGACCCGUCGGAAGGAGACGUCAAAGAUGAUGAUACUGCCCAACAUCCUUCCAGUCCGGGCCAACAUAGUGCUUGCCAUCAGAGCUAAGGUGCGGCCCAUUAUCCGUCCGGCCGGAUCGCUUUCUUCUUUCUCUUUCCAUCUUGCCCUCCUGAUCCGGUCCACCGGUUCCAAACAAUAACCGCAGUUCCAACCCACUGAACUGCGCGAAGGCCGAGCGUUUCUGAUACCAAUCGCUGCAUCUCGACCCCGAGUACCAGGGAAUGCCUUUUCGAACCACGUUGGGAUCGCAUCCAUCUACCCGAGCUUCACAAAAAUGCCAUGGGUGGCUCCCCUGGAGCUUGAGCAGGGAGCCAGGGCAAACCUACCAAGCCCCAAGUGAAGUAUUCAGAACUCACCAACAGGGAUACAUCGACACUAGAACAUCCACUCUAUGUCUCAUCCAUUGAGCAAAGUGCACUGUGAAUACAAGCGCAAUUGCUACCCUCUGGUAACAUAGAGAGAAUAAUAUUACCACCACGAGAACUCCACGGAGCAAAUACAGCAAACUUUCAAUUGCAAUUUCCCCAUCCAAGAACAACUUCUGCCGGAGCCACGUCUUUGGAAACUCAAGGACCAUAAUUCAUAAUUUUCGCAGCAUUUACAUAACUCCUGACUUUUCUGAGUAUUAUUUUUGGAGUUUGUACGGAACA